CUCGUCGUCAGUCUAGAGAGUAAUAUCGACACGAAAAGAAAUUAUACCGAGUCGGGUGACCGAGGGAAAUCCCAGAACAAUUGAAUUCAAACGCCGCUGCGAUAUAAAUUCCGAUUUGGAGGCGCUGCGGUCGUUGCGCUAACCAAACGAAAUGGCUGAGGCGGAGGGAGGCUCCGAGCAGGAUGAUGUUUCAUUCCUGAGAACGGAGGACAUGGUCACGCUCUCCUGCACGGCGACGGGGGAGCGUGUCUGCUUGGCCGCCGAGGGAUUUGGCAACCGGCACUGCUUUCUCGAGAACAUUGCCGACAAGAACGUGCCGCCGGAUCUUUCGCAGUGUGUCUUCGUCAUCGAACAGGCGCUGUCCGUGCGAGCUUUGCAGGAGUUGGUGACGGCGGCCGGAUCCGAGACUGGCAAAGGCACCGGAUCGGGACACAGGACAUUGCUCUAUGGCAAUGCCAUUUUGCUGCGCCACCACAACAGUGAUAUGUACUUGGCCUGUCUGUCCACCUCGUCGUCGAACGACAAGCUGUCCUUCGACGUGGGCCUGCAGGAGCACAGCCAGGGAGAGGCUUGUUGGUGGACGGUUCAUCCGGCGAGCAAGCAGCGCUCUGAGGGCGAGAAGGUGCGCGUCGGAGAUGACCUGAUCCUGGUGUCGGUGGCCACCGAACGUUAUUUGCAUACCACUAAGGAGAACGAACAGUCCAUUGUAAACGCCAGCUUUCACGUGACCCACUGGUCCGUGCAGCCCUACGGCACGGGCAUCUCUAGGAUGAAGUACGUGGGCUAUGUGUUUGGCGGUGAUGUGCUGCGCUUCUUCCAUGGCGGCGACGAGUGCCUGACCAUACCGAGUACAUGGGGUCGUGAGGCGGGACAAAAUAUUGUUAUUUACGAGGGCGGCGUGGUCAUGGCACAGGCGAGGUCCCUGUGGCGCCUGGAACUCGCACGAACCAAGUGGACUGGUGGCUUUAUCAACUGGUACCACCCGAUGCGCAUUCGCCACAUAACCACUGGACGCUACUUGGGCGUCAACGACAGCAACGAACUGAUUCUGGUUAAGAAGGAGGAGGCUUCGAUUGCCACGACGACUUUCUGCCUGCGGCAGGAAAAGGACGACGAGAAAAAGGUGCUGGAGGACAAGGACCUUGAGGUGAUCGGCUCGCCGAUCAUCAAGUACGGCGACACUACCGUCAUCGUCCAGCACUGCGAGACUAGCUUGUGGCUCAGCUACAAGAGCUACGAGACGAAGAAGAAGGGCGUAGGAAAGGUGGAGGAGAAGCAGGCCAUCCUGCAUGAGGAGGGCAAGAUGGACGAUUGCCUCGACUUCUCGCGCUCCCAGGAGGAGGAGUCCAAGACAGCUCGUGUCAUCCGCAAGUGCAGCAGCCUCUUCACCCAGUUUAUUACGGCCUUGGAAACACUGCAGUCAAAUCGCCGACACUCCAUUUUCUUCCAAAAGGUCAACCUCAACGAGAUGGUCAUGUGCCUGGAGGACUUGAUCAACUACUUUUCGCAACCCGAAGACGAUAUGGAGCACGAGGAGAAACAGAAUAGAUUCCGUGCCCUGCGCAACCGACAGGAUCUGUUCCAGGAGGAGGGCGUGCUCAAUCUGAUCCUGGAGGCCAUUGACAAGAUCAACAUAAUCACCUCGCAGGGCUUCCUCGCCAGCUUUCUGGCCGGCGACGAGACCGGCCAGAGCUGGGAUCUCAUUUCCACCUAUCUGUACCAACUCUUGGCCGCCAUCAUUAAGGGCAACCACACGAACUGCGCCCAGUUCGCGAACAGCAACCGACUCAACUGGCUAUUCUCGCGUCUCGGUUCCCAGGCCUCCAGCGAGGGUUCCGGCAUGUUAGACGUACUCCACUGCGUGCUGAUCGAUUCGCCCGAGGCGCUGAACAUGAUGCGGGAUGAGCACAUCAAGGUGAUCAUCUCGCUGCUGGAGAAGCACGGCAGGGACCCGAAAGUCCUGGACGUUCUGUGUUCCCUGUGCGUGGGUAAUGGAGUGGCGGUGCGAUCCUCCCAAAACAACAUUUGCGACUUUUUGCUGCCAGGCAAGAACCUGUUGCUACAGACGCUCCUGGUGGACCACGUGGCCAGCAUCCGACCGAACAUCUUCGUGGGUCGCGUAGACGGCUCUUCCAUGUACCAGAAGUGGUACUUCGAGGUGACCAUGGAUCACAUCGAACAGACCACGCACAUGAUGCCCCACCUGCGCAUUGGCUGGGCUAAUACUUCCGGGUAUGUACCGUAUCCCGGAGGCGGCAAGAAGUGGGGUGGCAAUGGAGUAGGCGAUGACCUGUACUCCUUUGGAUUUGAUGGUGCCUAUCUUUGGACCGGAGGUCGCAAAACACUAGUGGUGGACGCGCUGCCCGAGGAGCCCUUUAUCCGGAAAGGCGAUGUUGUUGGCGUUGCCAUUGAUCUUUCUGUGCCCAUCAUCACGUUUACAUUUAACGGAGUAAAAGUGCGCGGUAGCUUUAGGGACUUUAACCUGGAUGGAAUGUUCUUUCCCGUGAUGAGUUGCUCAUCAAAACUAAGCUGUCGCUUCCUUUUCGGAGGGGAUCAUGGUCGUUUGAAGUUCGCCCCGCCCAUGGGAUUCUCUGCACUCGUGCAGUGUCUCAUGCCGCAGCAGAUCCUCAGUCUGGAUCCCUGCUUCUACUUUGGUAAUCUUAGCAAGAAUGUUUUGGCCGGACCAUGGCUUAUUGAGGACGACACUGCUUUUGUUCCGAAACCCGUUGAUACCACGGGUGUGACAUUGCCAAGUUCUGUGGACCAAAUCAAGGAGAAGCUGGCGGAGAAUAUCCACGAGAUGUGGGCUCUGAACAAAAUCGAGGCGGGCUGGUCGUGGGGCGAGCACCGUGAUGACUACCACCGCAUCCAUCCCUGCCUCACCCAUUUCGAGAAGCUUCCGGCGGCGGAGAAGCGAUACGACAAUCAACUGGCUGUGCAAACGCUAAAGACGAUUAUCUCGCUGGGAUACUACAUAACCAUGGACAAGCCACCAGCACGCAUUCGCCCCGUGCGCCUGCCCAACGAGAUCUUCAUGCAGGGCAAUGGCUACAAGCCGGCUCCACUUGACCUAAGCGCCGUAACACUGACGCCCAAGUUGGAGGAGCUAGUGGACCAGCUGGCCGAGAACACUCACAAUCUAUGGGCACGGGAGCGCAUCCAGCAGGGUUGGACUUAUGGACUGAACGAGGAUAGUGAAAACCACAGGAGUCCACACUUGGUGCCCUAUGCCAAAGUGGACGAGGCUAUCAAGAAGGCCAACAGGGACACAGCGUCGGAGACAGUGCGAACGCUCCUGGUUUACGGAUAUGUGUUGGAUCCCCCGACGGGCGAAGGUACGGAGGCACUUCUGGCCGAGGCACAACGCCUCAAGUUCGCCGGAUUCCGGACUUACAGAGUGGAGCGCAACUACGCCGUGACAUCGGGCAAGUGGUACUUCGAAUUCGAGGUCCUCACAUCCGGACCCAUGCGAGUGGGUUGGGCCCGGGCCGAUUGCUAUCCGGGAGCGAUGCUGGGCAGCGAGGACACCAGUUGGGCCUUCGAUGGACACAAUGAAGAGAAAGUCUACGGUGGCGUCAGUGAAUCCUUUGGUAAACAGUGCGGCCCCGGGGACAUAGUCGGCGUCUUUCUAGACCUGGCCGACCACACAAUUAGCUUCUCGUUGAACGGAGAACUCCUGAUGGACGCGCUGGGCGGCGAGACGACCUUUGCCGACGUAACCGCCGAGGGGGUGGGCUUCGUGCCCGCCUGCACCCUGGGAGUGGGACAGAAGGCGCGCCUCAUCUACGGCCAGGACGUGGACUCACUCAAGUUUUUCACCACCUGUGGCCUGCAAGAGGGAUACGAGCCCUUCUGCGUGAACAUGCGUCGGCCGGUAACACACUGGUACACCAAGGACCAGCCCAUUUUCGAGAACACCGAGGAGAUGCCCGACUGCCGCAUCGAUGUCACUCGGAUUCCCGGCGGCGCCGACACCCCGCCACACUUAAAAAUCUCGCACAACACCUUUGAGACCAUGGAGAAGGCCAACUGGGAGUUCCUGCGUCUUUCCCUGCCCGUGACCUGCAUGGGUGAGUUCAUCAGCGAGCAGGAGAAGGCCAGACGCUGGGACGAGAUUAAGAACCGGCAGUACCGACUCAUGCGCGAGGCGGAGAUUGCUGCCCAGAUGCAGGUCCAGACACAGGCCGCCCACAUGGACCACAUGCUGAAAGGUGGUUUCAAUAUGAACGACAUCAAGGGCUUGACCCGUAAUUUCGAUGAGCACGCGGAUGCUGAGGCAGAUCACAUGAUGCGAGGACCCAACCGCCCGCCUCGCAAGGGAUCGCUCACCCGCAACAUAACCUUCGAAACAGACAUGUCCGCCGCCCUGGACGAGAUGCAGCGAUCCACGUCCGUGCUGGACAUGAACGGCCUGGGCGAAGAGAUGGAUGACAAGAAGAAGCGUGGCCGCAGCCCCUUCAAGUUUUUCUCGAAGAAGUCGCGUGACCAGAGCCGCGAAAAGAUGGGUGCUCGCACCCUGGACACCUCUUUGGAGCGUCGAAAUACCGUUGCUCAUGGACGGAACGUGGUUAACCAGCAGAUGACCACACGAGCUCCAACUCUGCGGUUAAAUAAUGCCGAAAUCCCUCCCAGCCCUGUGCCCCAGGGACCAAAGCAGUUAAGUGGCUCGAAUCUUGGCCAACAGCCGGUGGAAACUUCGGGUGACGAGAUGUUCGAUGCCGAGUGCCUCAAGUUGAUCAACGAGUAUUUCUAUGGAGUAAGAAUCUUUCCCGGUCAGGAUCCCACGCACGUGUACGUCGGUUGGGUGACCACGCAGUAUCACCUGCACAGCCGUGAGUUUAACAAGAACAAGGUGCGUCGUGGGUCAGUCUACAUCGAGGAUGACUACGAGAUGGCCAUCGAACGGAUCGACCGACAGAGUUGCUAUGUGGUUCGAGCGGACGAGCUCUUCAACGAGGUUACCCAGGAUGCCUCAGGCAAGGGAGCCUCCCAGGGCAUGUUCGUUGGCUGCUUCGUGGACACAGCCACCGGCAUCAUCCGCUUUACUUGCGAGGGCAAGGACACCUCUCACCGCUGGAUGAUGGAGCCAGACACCAAGCUCUUCCCGGCCAUUUUCGUGGAGGCCACCAGCAAGGAGAUCCUCCAGAUCGAGUUGGGACGUACCCCUACCACAUUGCCCCUUUCAGCGGCUGUACUGCCCACCAGUGACAAGCAUAUAAAUCCACAGUCCCCGCCGCGUCUGAAGGUCCAGUGCCUGCGUCCACAUCAGUGGGCUAGAGUUCCAAACACCGCACUCCAGGUGCAUGCGCUAAAACUCUCCGACGUGAGGGGUUGGUCCAUGUUGUGCGAGGACCCCGUGUCCAUGCUGGCCCUGCACAUCCCAGAGGAGGACCGCUGUAUAGAUAUCCUGGAGCUCAUCGAGAUGGACAAGCUUCUGUCCUUCCAUGCCCACAGUCUAACGCUCUAUGCGGCUCUUUGUUACCAAUCCAAUUACAGAGCUGCCCAUGCCCUGUGCCAGCAUGUGGACCAGAAGCAGCUGCUCUACGCCAUCCGGUCGGAGUACAUGAGCGGACCACUGCGGCAGGGCUUCUACGACCUGCUUAUCGCCCUGCAUCUGGAGUCUCAUGCCACAACCAUGGAGGUGUGCAAGAACGAGUACAUCACACCGCUGGGAGCCGAACUCAAGGAACUGUACUCCGAAGAGGAGAUGCAGCACUCACUGAGAUCCCUGGUUACGGAGUCAGUGCGUCCACAGCUGCGGAUGACGGAGAUCACACCCCCUGUGAUUGCAACAUCUAGUAUGCCAAGUGUUUCCAGCGAACCGAUCCCCGACAUCGACCAAUUGUACUCCCCGAAGUUCCCCCUAGAAGUAGUCAGGCAGUUUGUCAUGGAGGCGCUGAAGGAUGCCGUCGAGAUCAAUCAGGUGCACAACCGCGAUCCCAUCGGCUGGACCAACGAGAACCUCUUCCUCCCUCUUAUCAAGCUCACAGACCGGCUACUCUUGGUCGGCGUCCUGACCGACGAAGAUGUCCAGCGGCUGUUGGUCAUGAUCGACCCGGAGACCUGGGACCAAGCCUUCGAGAGAGAGGGUAAGGAUGAGCACCGCAAGGGUUUGCUCACCAUGAAGAUGGCGGAGGGCGCCAAGCUGCAGAUGUGCUACCUGCUACACCAUCUGUACGACACCCAGCUGCGCCACCGAGUGGAGAGCAUCAUCGCGUUCUCCCACGACUUCGUGGGCGACCUGCAGACCGAUCAGUUGCGACGUUAUAUCGAGAUCAAGCAAUCCGAUUUGCCCAGUGCUGUUGCGGCCAAAAAGACUAAAGAGUUCCGCUGUCCGCCGCGGGAGCAGAUGAACCAGAUUCUCUGCUUCAAGAACCUCGAACCCGAUGACCAGGACAACUGCACCUGUGGCCUUGAGUUGCGCGGACGACUGGGCGAUUUCCACGAUUCCCUCAUGCAAAAGGUGUCGCUCAAUGCUCUCCAGGAGCCGGAUGGCGUCGAGGGCACAGCGAUCGAGGAGGUGAAGACAGGACCCAUCACGAAGAUCUACAACUUUAUCAACACCGUCAAGGAGCUGGAGGAGGGCCCCAAGGAGGUGGAAGAGCCGGAGAAGAAGACACCAGAGGAGGUGUUCCGCAAAGUGCUCAUUAAGACGAUCGUCAGCUGGGCCGAGGAGUCCCAGAUCGAGAAUCCGAAGCUUGUGCGCGAGAUGUUCAGUCUGCUGCUGCGGCAGUACGACACCGUCGGAGAAUUGGUUCGUGCCCUGGAGAAGACGUACGUGAUAAACACCCGAGCCCGCGACGACGUGGCAGAGAUGUGGGUGGGCCUCAGCCAGAUCCGCGCCCUGCUGCCCGUCCAGAUGAGCCAGGAAGAGGAGGAACUGAUGCGCAAGCGGCUGUGGAAACUGGUUAACAACGCCACCUUCUUCCAGCACCCGGACCUUAUUCGCAUCCUGCGCGUCCACGAGAACGUGAUGGCAGUGAUGAUGAACACACUCGGACGGAGGGCACAGGCGCAAAGCGAUGCGCCCACCCAGACGGAAGGAGCCGAAGGAGCUCCGUCCAAGGAGAAGGACACCUCCCACGAAAUGGUGGUAGCUUGCUGCCGAUUCCUCUGCUACUUCUGUCGCACUGGUCGCCAAAACCAAAAGGCCAUGUUUGAUCACUUCGACUUUCUGCUGGACAACGCCAACAUCCUGCUGGCACGGCCCAGCCUGCGAGGAUCCACGCCCCUCGAUGUGGCAUACUCGAGUUUGAUGGAGAACACAGAAUUGGCUCUGGCCCUGAGGGAACACUAUCUGGAGAAGAUCGCCGUCUACCUCUCGCGGUGCGGACUGCAGAGCAACUCGGAGCUCGUGGAGAAGGGCUAUCCGGAUCUGGGCUGGGAUCCCGUCGAGGGUGAGCGGUACCUGGACUUCCUGCGCUAUUGCGUUUGGGUCAACGGCGAGAGCGUCGAGGAGAAUGCGAACCUUGUCAUUCGACUUCUUAUCCGUCGUCCGGAAUGCUUGGGACCGGCUCUAAGAGGCGAAGGAGAAGGUCUGUUCCGCGCCAUCGUCGAGGCUAAUCGCAUGUCGGAGCGCAUCUCGGACCGCUGCAAGAUGCAGGACGAGGCCGAGGGCACCAUUGCCGGGCUAAACUUCACACAUCCUCUGCCGGAGGGCGAGGAGGACGAGGACUACAUCGAUACCGGUGCCGCCAUUCUGAACUUCUACUGCACCCUGGUGGACCUACUGGGCCGCUGUGCUCCGGACGCUUCGGUCAUCGAGCAGGGCAAGAACGAGUCCCUGAGGGCUAGAGCUAUUCUGAGAUCUCUGGUGCCACUGGAGGAUUUGCAGGGGGUGCUCAGCCUGAAAUUCACCCUCUCACAGACGGCCCCCGGCGAGGAGAAGCCCAAAUCGGACAUGCCGUCCGGCCUGCUGCCCAACAACAAGCAGAGCAUCGUGCUCUUCCUGGAGCGCGUCUACGGCAUCGAGGCACAGGACCUCUUCUACCGCCUGCUGGAGGACGCCUUCCUACCGGAUCUCCGCACCGCCACCAUUCUGGACAAGAGCGAUGGAUCCGAGAGCGACAUGGCGCUGGCCAUGAACCGCUACAUCGGCAACUCGAUCCUGCCGCUGCUCAUCAAGCACUCCAAGUUCUACAACGAGGCCGAGAACUACGCGAGCCUCUUGGAUGCCACUUUGCACACGGUCUACCGGCUGUCCAAGAACCGUAUGCUGACCAAGGGGCAGCGCGAGGCCGUUUCCGACUUCCUGGUGGCCCUCACAUCCCAAAUGCAACCUGCCAUGCUGCUCAAGCUGCUGCGCAAGUUGACUGUGGAUGUGUCCAAGCUGUCCGAGUACACCACCGUGGCCCUCCGGCUUCUCACCCUGCACUUCGAUCGCUGCGCCAAAUACUACGGCUCAACUCAAGGCCAGGGCUCCUAUGGAGCCUCAUCGGACGAGGAGAAGCGCCUGACGAUGCUGCUGUUCUCGAACAUUUUUGACUCGCUCAGCAACAUGGACUAUGACCCGGAACUGUUCGGUAAGGCUCUGCCCUGCCUGAUCGCCAUCGGCUGCGCCCUGCCACCGGACUACAGUCUGUCCAAGAACACGGACGAGGACUACUACGGCCGGCAGAUGGGCGCACCGGAUCAGCCGCAGUACAUGCCCAAUCCGAUCGACACCAACAACGUGCACCUGGACAACGAUCUCAACUCGCUGGUCCAGAAGUUCAGCGAGCACUACCACGAUGCGUGGGCCAGUCGGCGGUUGGAAGGUGGCUGGACCUACGGAGACAUCCGAUCCGAUAAUGAUCGCAAACAUCCUCGCCUGAAGCCCUACAACAUGCUCAGUGAAUACGAACGCGAGCGGUACCGGGAUCCGGUGCGGGAGUGCCUGAAGGGUCUGCUGGCCAUCGGCUGGACCGUGGAGCACUCCGAGGUGGAGGUGCCGCUGAAUCAUCGCGGAUCGACGCGGCGUCAGUCGAAGCCCCAAAUUAACGAAUUCCAGAACGAGGGCAGCCCGUUCAACUACAACCCGCACCCGGUGGACAUGAGCAACCUGACCCUGAGCAGGGAGAUGCAGAACAUGGCCGAGCGCCUGGCGGAGAAUUCGCACGACAUCUGGGCCAAGAAGAAGAACGAGGAGCUCAACGGCUGCGGUGGCGUUAUCCAUCCACAACUGGUGCCAUACGAUCUUCUGACCGACAAGGAGAAGAAGAAGGAUCGCGAGCGCUCGCAGGAGUUCCUCAAGUACAUGCAGUACCAGGGCUACAAACUGCACAAGCCAUCAAAGGGAGGAGCUGUGGAGGAGGGCGGUGUAACCCAGGCUGCUGUUGAACUGCGCUUCUCGUACUCCCUACUGGAGAAGCUCAUUCAGUAUCUGGACCGAGCCACCAUUAACAUGAAACUGCUGAAGCCAUCGACUACGUUCAGUCGUCGCUCUUCCUUCAAGACGGCCACCCGGGACAUCAAGUUCUUCUCGAAGGUGGUGCUGCCUCUGAUGGAGAAGUACUUCUCAACGCAUCGCAACUACUUCAUCGCCAUUGCCACGGCAACCAAUAAUAUUGGCGCAGCCUCGCUCAAGGAGAAGGAAAUGGUGGCCUCGAUCUUCUGCAAGCUGGCCGCUCUACUGCGUAACCGGCUGAGUGCAUUUGGACCGGAUGUCCGCAUCACAGUACGGUGCCUCCAGGUCCUUGUCAAGGGCAUCGAUGCACGCACCCUGACCAAGAAUUGUCCCGAGUUCAUUCGCACCUCCAUGCUGACCUUCUUCAACCAGACAUCCGAUGACUUGGGUAACACUAUCCUUAACCUGCAGGAUGGCAAGUACAGUCACCUGAGAGGCACUCACCUAAAGACCUCCACAUCGUUGGGAUAUGUAAACCAGGUGGUCUUGCCGGUGCUUACCGCCAUGUUUGAUCAUCUGGCAGCCUGUGACUAUGGCAGCGAUUUGCUUCUCGACGAGAUCCAGGUGGCUUCCUACAAGAUCCUGGCUGCACUGUAUCAUUUGGGUACCGAUGGCACCCUGACGCAUGACAGGAAGUAUCUUAAGACCGAGAUUGAGAGGCAUAGACCCGCUCUGGGUUCCUGUCUGGGAGCUUACAGCUCCUGCUUUCCGGUGGCCUUCUUGGAGCCCCACCUUAACAAGCACAACCAGUACUCGCUGCUCAACCGUAUUGCGGAUCACUCACUGGAGGCACAGGAUAUUAUGGUCAAGAUGGAGAGUUGUAUGCCAAAUCUAGAGACCAUUCUCGCCGAGGUCGACCAGUUCGUGGAGUCGGACAAGACAUACAACGAUGCGCCUCAUAUUAUCGACGUGAUCCUGCCGCUGCUUUGCGCCUAUCUACCGUUUUGGUGGUCCCAGGGACCGGAUAAUGUAAGUCCCACCAGUGGCAACCACGUGACCAUGGUCACAGCCGAUCACAUGAAUCCAUUGCUGCGAAAUGUGCUCAAAAUGAUCAAGAAGAACAUUGGCAACGAUAAUGCCCCAUGGAUGACUCGCAUUGCCGCCUAUACGCAGCAGAUUAUCAUCAAUACGUCGGAGGAGCUGCUCAAGGAUCCGUUCUUGCCGCUGGCGGAGCGGGUGAAGAAGCGCACUGAGAACAUGCUGCACAAAGAGGACAGCAUGCGAGGAUUCAUCAAGUCGGCCACGGACGACACCUCGCAGGUGGAGACGCAGCUGCAGGAGGACUGGAAUCUGCUAGUGCGAGACAUAUACUCGUUCUACCCCCUGCUCAUCAAGUACGUAGAUCUGCAGCGGAACCACUGGCUGAAGGACAACAUACCGGAGGCCGAGGAGCUCUACAACCAUGUGGCAGAGAUCUUCAAUAUAUGGUCCAAGAGCCAGUACUUCCUUAAGGAGGAGCAGAACUUCAUCUCUGCCAAUGAGAUCGACAACAUGGCACUGAUCAUGCCAACUGCAACCAGGAGAUCGGCCAUCUCGGAAGGUGCUCCUGCCGUGGGUGGCAAGGUAAAGAAGAAGAAGAAGAACAGGGACAAGAAGCGCGACAAGGACAAGGAGGUGCAGGCCAGUCUGAUGGUGGCCUGCCUGAAACGUCUCCUGCCCGUGGGACUGAAUCUGUUCGCGGGUCGAGAGCAGGAACUGGUGCAGCACUGCAAGGAUCGGUAUCUGAAAAAGAUGCCCGAGUACGAUGUGAUCGAGUUCGCCCGCAACCAGCUGACCCUGCCGGAUAAGCUGGACCCCUCGGACGAGAUGUCCUGGCAGCAUUACCUCUACUCAAAGCUGGGCAAGACGGAGGAACCGGUGGACGAACAGGCGCUGGAGAAGGCCAAUGUGAACUCCAACGAGAAGGGCAAGGACAAGACGCAGGAGACAGUGGAUCGCAUCGUGGCGAUGGCCAAGGUUCUGUUUGGCCUGCACAUGAUCGACCAUCCACAACAGCAGAGCAAGAAUGUCUACAGGAGCGUUGUGUCGAUCCAAAGGAAGCGUGCCGUAAUCGCAUGCUUCCGUCAGACAUCGCUGCAUUCUCUACCCAGACAUCGGGCCUGCAACAUCUUCGCGCGAUCCUACUACGAGCAGUGGCUGCAGGAGGAGAACGUGGGCCAAGAGGUGAUGGUCGAAGAUCUGACGCAGACGUUCGAGGACUCCGAGAAAUCCAAGAAGGAGGGCGAGGAGACGGACAGCAAGCCGGAUCCGCUAACCCAACUGGUUACCACUUUCUGCCGCGGCGCCAUGACGGAGCGCAGCGGUGCCCUCCAGGAGGAUCUGCUCUACAUGUCCUAUGCCCAGAUCGCGGCCAAGUCCACGGGCAAGGAGGAAGAGGAGGGCGGCGACGAGGAAGGCGGUGAGGGUGGCGAAGAGGGCGAAGGCACCAGCAUCCAUGAACAAGAGAUGGAGAAGCAGAAGCUGCUCUUCCAUCAGGCACGUCUCUCCAAUCGUGGCGUUGCCGAAAUGGUGCUGUUGCACAUUUCCGCCUCCAAAGGUAUACCUUCUGAGAUGGUAAUGACGACACUCAAUCUCGGCAUCGCCAUUUUGCGCGGCGGCAACAUCGACAUCCAAAUGGGCAUGCUGAACCACUUGAAGGAAAAGAAGGACGUUGGCUUCUUUACCUCCAUCGCCGGACUGAUGAACUCCUGCAGUGUACUGGACCUGGACGCCUUUGAGCGAAACACCAAAGCAGAGGAGUAUAUUCCGAGUGCGGGUGCAGGUCUUGGUGUAGGUUCCGAAGGCGCCGCGGGCGAGAAGAACAUGCACGACGCGGAGUUCACCUGUGCGCUGUUCCGGUUCAUCCAGCUGACCUGCGAAGGCCACAAUUUGGAAUGGCAAAACUAUUUGAGGACCCAGGCCGGUAACACCACCACCGUGAACGUGGUCAUCUGCACUGUGGAUUAUUUGCUGCGUCUGCAAGAGUCCAUCAUGGACUUCUACUGGCACUACUCCAGCAAAGAGAUCAUCGAUCCCGCUGGAAAAGCGAACUUUUUCAAGGCCAUCGAAGUGGCUAGCCAAGUAUUCAACACCCUCACUGAAGUCAUCCAGGGUCCUUGUACCCUCAAUCAGCAGGCCUUGGCACACUCGAGGUUGUGGGAUGCAGUUGGUGGCUUCCUCUUCCUGUUCUCCCACAUGCAGGACAAACUGUCCAAGCACUCCAGCCAAGUGGAUCUGCUCAAGGAACUGUUGAAUCUGCAAAAGGACAUGAUCACCAUGAUGCUUUCCAUGCUGGAAGGAAAUGUUGUUAACGGCACUAUUGGCAAGCAGAUGGUAGACACGCUGGUGGAGUCCGCCAGCAAUGUGGAGCUUAUUCUUAAGUACUUCGACAUGUUCCUGAAGCUCGCCGACCUUAUCGAAUCGCCCAGCUUCCACGAAGUGGACAUGAAGAAUGAGGGUUGGGUGACCCCCAAAGACUUUAGGGAAAAGAUGGAGCAAUCCAAGAACUACACACCGGAAGAAAUGGAUUUCCUUUUGGCCUGCUGCGAGCGCAACCACGAGGGCAAGAUCGAUUACCGGGCCUUCGUGGAGCACUUCCACGAACCAUCAAAGGAGAUCGGUUUCAACCUGGCUGUGCUCCUGACCAACCUCAGCGAACACAUGCCAAACGAACCGCGCCUGGCGCGCUUCCUGGAGACCGCCGGCUCGGUGCUCAACUACUUCGAGCCCUUCCUGGGCCGCAUCGAGAUUCUCGGCAGCUCCAAGCGCAUCGAGCGCGUUUACUUUGAGAUCAAGGACUCGAACAUCGAACAGUGGGAGAAGCCCCAGAUUCGCGAGUCCAAGCGUGCCUUCUUCUAUUCCAUCGUCACCGAAGGUGGCGACAAGGAGAAACUGGAGGCCUUUGUGAACUUCUGCGAGGACGCCAUCUUUGAGAUGACCCACGCCUCGGGACUGAUGGCCACCGAUGAUGGCGGUGGCAAUGUGAAGCGGGACACUGCCUAUAGUUCCUACAUGAGCGAGGAAGAGGAGGAGCGAGCUGCUCGUGAUCCCAUCCGCCGCACCAUCACCGCCGUCAAGGAAGGACUGAAGUUCGGAGUGCACAUGCUUAGUCCGGCGAACAUCAAGCAUCAGAUAGGAGUGAUGCAGACCAAAUCCAUACCAGAACUCAUUGUCGGCUUUUUCAAGAUCAUCUUUUAUAUAUUUUACUAUACCGGAUAUGCGCACUUCUGCGUGGUGCGUUACAUAUUUGGCAUCCUACUGAACCUGAUGCGAGGACCUGCUCCAGAGCAGGAGGAGGAACCGGUGGUGGAGGAGGAAACGUUUGGAAGAGCACUGCCACCGUUGCCGCUUGAAGAACCACCGGGCACAGUGCAAGCCUUUGGCCUGGACAUCAACAAGGAGGAGAACGGCAUGUACAAGGUGGUGGUGCACGAGUCUCCAGCCAAUUCCUCGAUGGAGGAGGGCGGAGAAUCCAGUCCCGAGGACGGAGCAGCUGCCAGCGGCGAAUUGGUCGAAGGUGAACCACACCAGGAGCCCAUUUCCAUUGUGGAUCUGCUGGGUGGAGAGGCUGCAAAGAAGGCGGCACAGGAGCGGCAGGAGGCUCAAAAGGCUCAGGAGGCCGCUAUGGCCUCCAUCGAGGCGGAAGCCAAGAAGUCGUCAUCUGCGCCUCAGGAGACUCCAGCCGUCCACCAGAUCGACUUCUCUCAGUACACCCAUCGCGCCGUUAGCUUCCUCGCCAGAAACUUCUACAACCUCAAGUAUGUGGCCUUGGUGCUGGCUUUCAGCAUUAACUUCAUGCUGCUCUUCUACAAAGUCACCUCGUUUACCGAAGAAGCAGACAGCUCGGCCGAGGAGGAGCUCAUCCUGGGCUCCGGGUCGGGAGGAGGUGCGGACAUCACGGGCUCUGGCUUUGGCGGAUCAGGGGACGGGGGAUCGGGCGAUGGCGAAAUGGAGGACGAGAUACCGGAACUUGUGCACGUGGACGAAGACUUCUUCUACAUGGAACACGUUCUCCGCAUUGCGGCAUGUCUGCACUCACUUGUCUCCCUGGCCAUGUUGAUUGCCUACUACCACCUCAAGGUUCCACUGGCUAUCUUCAAGCGGGAGAAGGAGAUUGCCCGCCGACUGGAGUUCGAGGGAUUGUUCAUUGCAGAGCAGCCGGAGGAUGACGACUUCAAGUCGCACUGGGACAAGUUGGUGAUUUCGGCGAAAAGUUUCCCGGUGAACUACUGGGACAAGUUCGUGAAAAAGAAGGUGCGCCAAAAGUACAGCGAGACCUACGACUUUGACUCGAUCUCCAAUCUGCUGGGCAUGGAGAAGAGCACGUUCGCAGCUCAGGAGAGCGAGGAAACGGGCAUCUUCAAGUACAUCAUGAACAUCGACUGGCGCUAUCAGGUGUGGAAGGCUGGCGUCACCUUCACGGACAACGCCUUCCUCUACUCGCUGUGGUACUUCAGCUUCUCGGUGAUGGGUAACUUCAACAACUUCUUCUUCGCCGCCCAUCUGCUCGAUGUGGCCGUGGGCUUCAAGACCCUGCGCACCAUCCUGCAGUCUGUGACCCACAACGGCAAGCAACUGGUGCUGACCGUGAUGCUGCUCACCAUCAUAGUGUACAUCUACACUGUGAUCGCGUUCAACUUCUUCAGGAAGUUCUACAUCCAGGAGGAGGACGAGGAGGUGGACAAGAAGUGCCACGACAUGUUGACCUGCUUCGUGUUCCAUCUGUACAAGGGUGUGAGAGCGGGCGGUGGCAUAGGCGACGAGAUCGGGGAUCCGGAUGGAGACGACUACGAGGUCUACCGCAUCAUCUUCGACAUCACGUUCUUCUUCUUCGUGAUCAUUAUCCUGCUGGCCAUUAUCCAGGGUCUGAUCAUCGACGCCUUCGGCGAGCUGCGUGACCAGCUGGAGUCGGUGAAGGACAACAUGGAGUCCAACUGCUUCAUCUGCGGGAUGGGCAAGGACUUCUUCGACAUAGUACCGCACGGCUUCGACACGCACGUCCAGAAGGAGCACAACUUGGCCAACUACAUGUUCUUCCUGAUGCAUUUGAUUAACAAGCCGGACACGGAGUAUACCGGCCAGGAGACGUACGUGUGGAACAUGUACCAGCAGCGCAGCUGGGACUUCUUCCCGGUGGGAGACUGCUUCCGCAAGCAAUACGAGGAUGAGCUUUCCGGCGGAGGCGGCGGCGGCUAAAGGACAGCGGAUUCGCCGCGUCUGCUUUCUGGGCACAAUCACACUAUCACUGGACGGUCCAAGGACUCUCGGGAUCCACUUUUGUAUCGGUAAUUUG